AUGGUUGAUGACAACACCAACAUCAUUCAUCGCCCACCUAUAGACAAAGACAUCCACCAGAAGCAUACCCUGCUUCAUCAUGAUGGAACAUCAGCAGCUCACAACAACGCUCUCUCAAACCAGAGAAGCACUGUCGAUGUGGCUCUUCAAUUCCUUGCAUCGACCAGUAAUGAAGUACUUCUAGGUGUUGUUGCAUGUGCCACUAUCACCACUGCUUUUAUUCUAGGAAAGUUUGGCUUCCUCCUGAUCGGAGCUCUUGCUGGCUUUAUCUUGCAUUCCUCCUGGGAGAAUACAGCCCAUGAAAUCACUAGUGGGAUAUUGAGAAAGAACCGAUCAAAGAAGAUCGAACCAUUACAAGCAUUUCCAAGUCCUUUACUUGAUUGGGAAGAUCGGAAACCUGACCGCAAUGGUCAACGGGCGGAUGAGAGCGAGGGGCAAAAUGAGGGCAUGCAUACAAUUAAACCUGAUUUCUCCUCAUUUGGACCGAAGACAGCUGCAUCCUUAAGGUCAAUCAGAGAUGAGAUUCUCAAUAAAUAUGUGAACCAGUGGUCCAAGCUAAUAUUACCACCUGAAUCGACAUUUACAACAUCGUGUCGAGAAGUGCUGGUCGGCUUUGUUACAAGAUUGGGGCUGCAUAUUUCCCGCAAGCGACCUGCCGACACUUUCCUGGAGCUUCUCAUUAACUUUAGCUCCCUCAUGAUCGUGUUCUUGAAUGAGUUGUCUGCUGCCUUCAAUGCUGCUGAGUUUGCGGAAUCACCCGAGCGGUUCAUAUCACGCUAUCUAGAUCUGCACCCAGCCAGCAACCUAGCGAAUAUCCUACAAAAAGAACAGCAGCGACAAAAAAUGAAAAUGGUAGCAGAAGACAUUUUGUCGGGAUACCUCGAUUCGAACGUCCAUGAUUGCGCCCUGAUGAGACAGUUUCUUCGCGAUGUACUUUCCAGUAUCAUGUCCGACUCGGUCGUCUCAGCUCUCUCACAGCCAGAGACCAUUAAUGCGUGGAUCGUACAACUUCUUGGGGAAGGUGAAUCCCAAAUAAUGCAGGCCAUAGAUCUCGGUGUUGAUAAAGCCAAAAGCCAAGACGUGACAGUCAGUGAUACCAGUCGGAUGACGAUGUCUGACUGCAAUUUCGAGUCAUGCGAAGAUAACGCUUCUCCCCUACGAGACUCUGACUCUCCUACUAGCCAAAUGACAACAGCUGAAAAUACAGAGGCGGCAUCCUUCAAGCAACGCGGUGCGGCUGUGUCCCCGCAGAGGGAGGAAUUUCUAAACCUCGCACAAAAUCGAGGUCGUGCCGGAGCUCCUCCUGUAACGAGCAACGAAGGCACGAAUUGCCCCCCUCUCGGUGUAGAUUUUCACAGCCACUCAUCACUCGCACAUGCAGAAGAGCACAUGACACUAGAAGCAAUGGAAAGUGGAAAUUGCGAAACGUCAGCUCUCCCUCAAUCAUCGGCGCCACCUACUGGCGACAUAGUCUUGGAUGAGGCGGCAUCAUCCCCGUAUCUGACGUUUCAUCAUGCCGCUUUGAGUAUCGAUCUAAAUCUGGACUCGGAAGGUGGUGAACACUUUCGGUUUAAGCCAACAUGCGAGUUUUUGCUUCAAAUAGAACCGCAAUUGACAAGGUCUACCGGCUGGAUGGUUUUCAGGAAUUAUGCUGACUUCGAAUCCCUUCACAAUACCUUGAGUACGAUCUCGAAGUUGAACGAAAUUCAUGAUUUCAUGGAUCUUUUCCCAGCUCUACCUCCGUGGAAAGGCCAGACCAGACUAGGUCUAGCCAAAAGACUAGAGCAGUAUCUUCGUUGUGCCCUCGAGAAUGGACCACUCGCCGAAAGUGAAAAGAUGAAGUGUUUCCUUAACAGGGAUGGUAGCAUGGGAACUGGUUCAAUCGCUGCGUCAAGGAAGAUUGGACUUUCCUUUCCGGUUCCGAAUACACUCGGGGCAAUGGGGAAGGGCGUUCUCGGUGUAUUUGCCAACGCGCCUAAGGGCGUGCCGGGACGUGUUUUUGAAGGUAUGACUGGCGUAUUCGGGAGUGGGUGCGGCAAAGAGCUUGCCCUCGGCGCUGAAAGUAGCAGAUCUGAUCAUUAUUCCUCAGUUGUUGACCAGCAAUAUGAGCACGGGUGUGGUUCUUCGACCCAGCACCCUAUUGUCACUCAAUCCAGUGAAGUUUCCUGUGAUUGGGCUCAUUCUAUGCUAUCCGAUAAUAGAAGCCAUUUGAUGACAUCACAAUCUUCUGCAGAUGGAAAGCCUUCAGACAUUUCCCGCUCGUUGGGAACCAUACCGCCUGGCGGGUCUCAAGCAGCCGCAGUUGACGGCAAUGAUUUGAACCGUCCGGCUUCCAUCAUCUUGGAUCCAGAAGUCGAUUCUUCAAGCGUUGGGGAGUGCUCCUUGAGCCCAGAGAUGCUGGGUGCAUCUGGCGAUAAAAUGGACUGUCGCACAAUUCAAGUAGAGGAACAAGAAAGAAGAAUCCAAGGCAAUUCUAUCACACAAGAGGAAGCCCGGACAGCCCUGGAACUCAUCUUUGCCGUGAUUAAUGAACUGUAUACAUUGUCCUCAGUCUGGGACAUUCGCCGAAGGCUGCUCAAUGCCGCCAAGACUUACGUGUUGCGCCCAGGAAACCCGAAUUUGGAGAUGAUUCGCGAGGUGUUCCAGGAGUCUGUUAUCAAGUCGCAUUUUUCUGAUGACGCAAUCGGAUCGUAUCUCAUGAAACUUCGUGAAAAUGCUCUUCCCACGGAAGCUGAGAUUACAAGCCUGCGUGGGCCUAUGAGUGGGCCAGAGAAAGAGCGCUUGAAAGAGACUGCGCGAAGGCUGUUUGUUGAAAAAGGGCUACCGCAGGCGCUCACCGGUCUCAUGGGAACAGCUGCUAGCAAAGAAGCUCUGGGUAAGCUCUUUGAUUGUCUCCAGGUCAGAAUUAUCGCACAAGGAUUUAUGUUUUCCCUUCUGCUACAGGUGUUGAGGGCGAUUGUCUUCUAG